AUGAACUAUCGAGAUGUAUUUAAUUCAAUCAUAGAUAUCGAAAAAGAAAGCCACUAUCAUCAUUUACUAGGAAGCGAAGAAGGAAGCCACUAUAAUCAUGCACUAGGUAGCGAAGAAGGAAGCCACUACCAUCAUGCACUAGAUAGCGAAGAACGAAUCCACUAUCAUCAUGGAAUAGGUAGCGAAGAGCAAAGCCAUUAUAAUCACGCAAUAGAUAGCGAAGAACAAAGCCACCAUCGUCAUGCAAUAGGCAGCGAAGAACGAAGCCACCAUCAUCAUGGAAUAGGUAGCGAAGAACGGAAACAUCAUCAUCAUAAGGCUUAUUCUUUUAUGCAUUUCCAUGGACCGGUUCACGGUCAUCAUAAGAAGUGUUUUGUGGUAUUAUCAGCAGUAACGUGGCUAGCAUUAGCAGGAAAAACGUCAGCGGGUCAUGCACAUAGUUUUUCUCAUUUCCACGGCCCAGUAGAAGGUCCGGGACACGAAGUUACAAUUCAUGACAAACAUGGUCAUCACACAAUCGAUUAUGUUGCGCAUCCUAAGUACGAUUUUGCUUAUGGAGUAGAAGAUCAUCAUACCGGAGAUUUUCAUGGCCAGAAAGAGCAUCGCGACGGUAAACACGUGUCGGGUGAAUACACAAUCAAAGAGCCUGGUGGCAAUGUGCGCACUGUCAAAUACCAUGCUGACCCUCACGGUGGUUUCUUCGCCCACGUACACAAUAGUGGUGGUAAUGAUCAUUCCGGUGGUACAUACGGUGGCCACGGACAUGAACAUCACGGUCACAGCUAUUACUGA